AUCAUCUUACCAAACAACCCCUAAUGCUUGUUAUAGGGUAGACGGUUUACAUCAUAACUUUGGAGUACGUUUCUUUCUGCGUGAAUGCGAAAUACUUUGUGCACCAUAGUGUCUGUUUUCCCCUUUUUAACAACUUUAACGUCACUCAUCAAUUUAAUUGAUAACUUAACUAGUGAUAGCUCAAAUUAGAAUGGACUACUUCUUUAAUGGCAUAUAUAUGUAGUAUUAGAUAAUAAUAGCAAAAUACAAAUUUCUGCUUUAACGGCACGUCUCACGGUCUUAUGAUUUUAACAUCACGCUGACAUUCAUGAUCUUAUUAAUCAAUUCCCCAUUUCGAUGUCACAACCAUUGUUAGCCACAAGAAUUCUUCAUUAAAUUAAUCUCCAUGAACCUUCCUUAUUUAUUUUAUUACCCCAUUAAGUUAUCUUAAUUGAAUUAAUCUUCCUUGUCCCUAAUCUCACAGUCCCUCCACCAAACAAAAAACAACAAAAAAACAAAAUGUUUUUUUUUUUUAAUAAGUCACUUAUUAUACAGCUCAAUACCGUUGCAAUUUCCACGACUCCAGAUAGUGGUCGUUACUCGUUAACCCAUUCCUCUUUUUCCUUCUUUCUUCUUCUUCACUUCAAUUCAAAGCUCUUUUUUCUAACUUUUCACUAAAAUAAAACUUUUCAACUAAUUUUCUUCUACUUUUUUUUGGCUCUAACACUUUUUAUUCUCCAUAGCCUUUUUCCUUUGAAUCUCCCAAAAUAUAAGAAAAAAAAAUGAAACUCGGCUCAAGGCAACAGCAUCAAACUCAGAGAAGUUGGGCUGAAAUAUUGUGUUUCGGUUGCACGUGCCUACAGCUUUUUUGGCCGCGAGUGGUGAUGCGCAAAUGGCUCAAUAUUAGUGCUAAGGAUUCCGAUUAUAGUGCUGACCCUGACUCUGAUUCCGGCUCCGGUUCCGAUCCCGAACAAGAAAUCGGUGACUGGCCGAGGCAGUCGCGGUUGAACGAUGCCAAAGGCAGCCAAGUUGAUAUCAACGAUGCUCUUCCCAGGAUAAGAAGACGAAAGUCAGAAACAUUUAGGGCACAGUACAUUAACACGAAGGAAAUUAAGGUCUGCGUUGGCACAUGGAAUGUUGCUGGAAGAUUUCCUUCAGAAGAUCUUGAACUUGAUAGCUGGUUGGAUGUUAAUGAGCCUGCUGACAUCUAUGUGAUUGGAUUUCAGGAAGUUAUACCAUUAAAUGCUGGCAAUAUCUUUGGUGCUGAAGAUAGCCGCCCCAUUUCAGUUUGGGAGGACAUCAUUCGCGAAAGUCUGAAUAAAGUCCCACCAGUGAAUAAGUUUAAAUCCUUUAGUGAUCCUCCUUCACCAUCAAGGUUUAAGCCAUCUGAAGAUGCCCCUGAUAUAGAAGAAGAAAUUGCCUUUGAAUCUGACAGUGGUAGCGAGGAGGAAAUUUUUCCAAUAAAUGAAGAGUCCAGUGACUUUGUUGAAAUCAAGGAUGGACGAGUCAAUGAUGUAGCUGUUUUGAACAAAACUUGGAGUUUGAACCCAAUCAAUGAGGAGUUUGAAAGGCAAUUUUCUUCUCCAAGGAGGCUAGACAGGCUAUAUUGCUUUAAACCAGAUGAGGAUGAAGAAGAAGAAGCAGGAGAAUCAAAUGUUCAGUUUGCAAAAAAAUUGACAAAAACAAUUAGUGGGACAGAGAGAAUUGGUCUUUGCUGGCCAGAGCGACCAUUGGAUCUUUUGGGCCAGCAUGUUUCAGAAAGACCUGGUUCCUUUAAAUCUAUGAAAUCAUUCAAAGCUUCUAAAUCUUUUAAAACUUACAGUUCUUUUAAGUUGAAUGCUAAUGGUCCAAAUAGAACACAAUCAGAUGCAACUCUACUCGCGGAACUAGACCUUGAAGCUUUGAUAAAUCGGAAAAGAAAACCAUCUUAUGUGAGGAUUGUGAGCAAGCAAAUGGUUGGAGUUUUUCUUAGCGUAUGGGUUCGUAGGAGCCUACGAAAGCAUAUACAGAAUUUGAAUGUGGAUACAGUUGGUGUUGGUGUAAUGGGCUUCAUAGGUAACAAGGGAUCAGUAUCUGUGAGCAUGUCUAUAUAUCAGACUUUCUUUUGCUUUAUCUGUACUCACCUAACAUCGGGUGAGAAGGAGGCAGAUGCAGUCAAAAGAAACACUGAUGUCCAUGAAAUUCAUCGACGAACACAUUUCAAUGCAUUCUCUAGGAUCGGACUUCCUAAGAGCAUCCAUGAUCAUGAGCGAAUAAUCUGGCUGGGAGAUCUGAAUUAUCGUAUUAAUUUGUCGUAUGAGAGAACAAGGGAGCUGAUAUCAAAAAAGGACUGGUGUCAGUUAAUUGAGAGAGAUCAGCUCAGCAAAGAGUUCAAGAAAGGUCGUGCAUUUGAUGGGUGGUCUGAAGGUACUUUAAACUUUCCGCCAACUUAUAAAUAUGAAGUAAACUCAGAGAAGUAUUGCGGAGAGGAUCCAAAGGCCGGGAGACGUAAUCCAGCAUGGUGUGAUCGAAUUCUAUCAUUCGGGAAGGGGAUAAGGAUACUGAGUUACGGGAGAUCUGAACUUAGGUUUUCAGAUCAUCGACCUGUCUCUGCCACAUAUAUGGUAGAGGUUGAGGUAUUUAGCCCGAGGAAGUUGCAACGGGCCCUCACUUUUACUGAUGCUGAAAUUGAAAAGGAGGAAAUGGUUACAGAUAUGGGAAGAGAGAGUGGAAUGGGUCGAUUCAUUUCAGAGCAGGAUGAUUCUUAUUGGAUGCGCUAAAAAGGACAUUUGAAGCGGCUGCAAGAUAGAUUAUCCGACUGGUGAAUUUUCAUGAGUAACGAUUCUGCAUAUAUUAUUUUGAUUUUUUAUUCUUCACCUUUGAGGCUGUAUAUUGUGUUUAGGCGAUGCAUCUUUACUGUAUAUUAUUGUUGUUCAGACUUCUAAGUGAGUGAGCCCAUUUUUGUAGUCUUCCUUCUUAGUCUGGACUUUUCCAGCACGAAUUUGUGAAGCAGUGUAUAGCAAAUUACCAAUGUAUGCAAUAAUGUUGCUCUCAGCUUUUCUGACAAAUAACAUUCUUUACAAACCGAA